AUGUCCUUCAUCCUCAGGAGACCCUUUGCGGUCUCCUCCAACACCCUCAGACCACUCAGCAAACCCUCAGCGCUUGUCCGAGCGUUCCACUCCUCCUCUCCCAAAUCGUCCAACACCUUCUUCAACCCUCGGCCGUUCGCCUCGACGACGUCGAAUGCACAGUCGCUGUUGAAAUCGUCCGCUCUACGGAAUGGCUUCAAACGCGGCUACCAGACGCCCUCAUACCAACCUGCCAAUCCCACCGCGAGCGGGAACCUCACGCAACGGCUCCUCUACGGCGCCGCCCUGGUCGGCGGAACCAUUGUCGCCACCAACCUCAUGUUCAACCGCGAAACACGCGAGGACGGUGGCAUGCCGCCCUUUGAGCGCGAAUAUUUGAACCAGACGUUUAUGCACACUGGUUUAGGAGUUGGGAUCAUCGGUCUUGCGGCCCGGACGCUACAUUCCAGCGGUUGGAGUUACAGACUUAUGGCCACGAAUCCGUGGUUGGUGGUCGGGCUGGGUCUCGCUGCCAGUAUUGGCACCAUGUACGGCACCUUGUACACACACCCUGAUAACUACAUUCAAAAAUACGCCCUCUGGACAGCCUUCAAUGUCACCCAGGCCGCGAUCCUUUCCCCGCUAAUGUUUCUGUCUCCCGCCAUCCUCGCUCGCGCCGGCCUCUACACUGUUGGCAUGAUGGGUUCGAUCGCUUUCAUCGGAGCCACGGCCAAGCAAGAGAAGUAUCUGUACCUGGGAGGGCCAUUGCUGGCUGGUGUCGCCGUCGUCGCCAUCUCCGGAUUCGCGCCGUUGGUUCUCCCCGCCACGGCCGUUCGCACGCUGGCCUGGACCGAGAAUAUUUGGCUAUACGGCGGUCUCGCGGUGUUUGGUGGGUUUACACUGUAUGAUGUGCAGAAGAUUUUGCACCAUGCCAGGAUGAGCGAGCGGGGUCUAGUGAGGAAGGACGUGGUUAAUGAGAGCAUUUCGCUCGAGUUGGACUUUUUGAACAUCUUUAUCCGGAUGGCACAGAUCCUGAGCAUGAGGCAGAAUAGCAAGAGAUGA